GCUGGUAUGGCUCUUCCACCUCCAGACCCACAGUUUGUUCUACGGGGUACUAGUGCUGAAGUCCAUACUCUACAUUUUUAUUGUGGAGGCCAAGAUUACCCCAUUCUCUUCUCUGGGUCUUCCAAUGGGCUGAUCCAUGUCUGGAACCUGAAGACACGCAGGGUCGAUACAAUUCUAGAUGGCCAUGGAGGAAAAUCUGUGUACUGGGUGGAAGCAAUCUAUGGCAGAGACAGGCUCCUCAGCCAGGGUCGUAACCAAAAGAUCUGCCUCUGGGAUUUGGCAGAAGGAAGGAACACAGUGACAGAUUCUGUUUUCACUGAGAACGUGGGAUUCUGCAAAUGUUCACUGCUGAAGGUGGCACAGGGACAUUGGCUAAUGGCCAUGCCAGGAAAAGACCUAGAUGAGGUUCAGGUUUUGGAGCUGCCAUCCAAGACGUCAGUCUGUACCUUGAAGCCAGAGGCGGAUGCCAAACCGGGCAUGCCCAUGUGUCUGAAGCUAUGGCAGCCAGACUUUGGUUCAUGUCCUUUUCUUCUGGCUGGCUACGAGGAUGGAUCAGUGAUUCUGUGGAAUUUAUCAGGGGGAAAAAUAUUAAGCCGACUUGCUUGCCACCAGGAGCCAGUGAUGAGCCUUGACUUUGACUCUGAAAAGACGAAGGGGGUCUCGGGCUCAUCUGAGGAGGUGCUUACCGUCUGGAGCCUCGAUGAGCAGCAGAAUUUAAAGGUUCAGAAAACACACAAACUCGUCAAUGCUGGGAUUGCUGAUGUUGCUAUCCGCCAGGACAAGAAGAUCCUGGCAACAGCAGGGUGGGAUCAUCGUAUCAGGAUCUUUGGCUGGAAGAAACUGAAGCCCUUGGCAAUACUGGACUACCACACAGCAACUGUCCACUGUGUAUCCUUCUCAGAUCACAGUAGGCCAAGUGAAAGACUGCUGGCAGCUGGCUCAAAAGAUCACCGCAUUAGUAUCUGGUCAAUCUAUAAUCAAACCUCAGGUGCUUUGCACUGUCCUUUGGAAACUAGAAAGCCGGACUGAUAAACCAGAAAUUGUUGUGUGAUUAAAAUCUGGGGAUGGGGAAGUAUUAAACCAUCUGCAGUUUGAGUGCAAGUCCCCAGAAGGACCUAUUCACUAUAGAAAAUGUGUUGUUGUAGAAGGGAAAGCCAAUGCUAGGAAGGGAAGAAUGGAUGAUCAUGCAGUUAAGGCAAAGGCCUACCAGAGAUGAAUUCUGUUGCAUCCUCUGCCACAUGCUUCUUUUGGCAAAUUGUUUUGAUUCUUUGUGCCAGUUUCCUCAUCUGUAAAAUGGAGAUAGGUGCUGUCACUCAGGCAUGGUGUGGUCUAGAGUACACUGGUUUCCAAAUCAUAUUGAGAUCCUUAAUGUACGUAAGUGCAAAGAAUCAGUUUUAUGUGAACUUGAACCCAUUAA